GCCAGCGGCCGAUCAGCUAGACGAACUCGGCAGAAACGCAAUUUAAAGUCCUGGAAGUCUUCAACAGCACUGAACGACCCUUUCACCACGUCCUCAGAAGACGAGGGCUAUCCAUCACGUUCUCGGGAGCGCAAUCACAAGGCCCUCCCUCCUGCUACUCUCGAUCUGACCGAUCUCUCCGGUUCAACAACAAUUGGCCGACAUGCCACCAUGCCGAUUAAAACACUGCAUGAUGAACCCCGCGAAAAGUGUGCCAGUGCUGCCGUAGCCGAUGGAAUUAUCCUAGCGAACGCGACGGGCAUCCUUGCAGACUUGUCAGGGCAUGUUAAGGACGCAGCAAUUCCCUAA